AUGGCAGCCUCCCGCCUGGACUUCGGAGAGGUGGAAACUUUCCUGGAUAGGCACCCAGAGUUGUUUGAAGAUUACUUGAUGCGAAAAGGAAGGCAGGAACUGGUGGACAAGUGGCUACAAAGGCACAGUUCGGGACAGGGGGCUUCAGGCCCCAGGCCUGCCCUGGCUGGCGCUAGCAGCUUGGCUCAGAGCAGUGGCCGAGGCAGCACUGGCAUAGGUGGUGGUGCUGGACCCCAGAGCUCUGCCCGCAGCCAUCCCACGCCCGGUGGUGGGGAAAAUGCUGGGGUUCCCUUGAGUCCCAGUUGGGCCAGUAGCACCCGGGGCGAUGGCAACCUGCAGCGGAGAGCUUCGCAGAAGGAGCUGAGGAAGAGCUUUGCCCGCUCCAAAGCCAUCCAUGUGAACAGGACCUACGAUGAACAGGUGACCUCCCGGGCCCAGGAGCCCCUGAGCAGUGUCCGGCGGAGAGCCCUGCUCAGAAAGGCCAGCUCUCUGCCCCCCACCACAGCCCACAUCCUCAGUGCCCUGCUGGAAUCGAGGGUGAAUCUGCCUCAGUAUCCCCCUACGGCCAUCGACUACAAAUGCCACCUCAAAAAGCAUAACGAGCGUCAGUUUUUCCUGGAACUGGUCAAGGACAUCUCCAAUGACCUUGACCUCACCAGCCUAAGCUACAAGAUCCUCGUCUUUGUCUGUCUCAUGGUGGACGCUGAUCGUUGCUCUCUCUUCUUGGUGGAAGGGGCAGCUGCUGGUAAGAAGACUUUGGUCUCCAAGUUUUUUGAUGUGCACGCAGGAACCCCACUGCUCCCCUGCAGCAGCACAGAGAACUCAAAUGAGGUGCAGGUCCCUUGGGGCAAAGGUAUCAUUGGCUAUGUUGGGGAACAUGGAGAAACUGUCAACAUCCCCGAUGCUUACCAGGACCGAAGAUUCAAUGAUGAAAUCGACAAGCUAACUGGAUAUAAGACAAAAUCACUACUGUGCAUGCCUAUCCGGAACAGUGACGGGGAGAUUAUCGGUGUGACCCAGGCGAUAAAUAAGGUCCCUGAGGGUGUUCCAUUUACAGAAGAUGACGAAAAAGUCAUGCAGAUGUAUCUUCCCUUCUGUGGAAUCGCCAUAUCUAACGCUCAGCUCUUCGCUGCCUCGAGGAAGGAAUACGAAAGAAGCAGGGCCUUGCUGGAGGUGGUCAAUGACCUCUUUGAAGAACAGACCGACCUGGAAAAGAUUGUCAAGAAAAUCAUGCAUCGGGCCCAAACUCUGUUGAAAUGUGAACGCUGUUCCGUCUUACUUCUAGAAGACAUUGAAUCGCCGGUGGUGAAGUUUACCAAAUCCUUUGAACUGAUGUCCCCAAAGUGCAGUGCUGAUGCUGAGAACAGUUUCAAAGAAAGCAUGGAGAAAUCGUCCUACUCCGACUGGCUGAUAAAUAACAGCAUCGCUGAGCUGGUUGCUUCGACAGGCCUUCCUGUGAAUGUCAGCGAUGCCUACCAGGACCCGCGCUUUGACGCUGAGGCUGACCAGAUAUCUGGUUUUCAUAUAAGAUCUGUUCUCUGUGUCCCUAUUUGGAACAGCAACCACCAAAUAAUUGGGGUCGCUCAAGUGUUGAACAGACUAGACGGGAAACCUUUUGAUGAUGCAGACCAAAGGCUUUUUGAGGCCUUUGUCAUCUUUUGUGGCCUUGGUAUUAACAACACAAUUAUGUACGAUCAAGUGAAGAAGUCCUGGGCCAAGCAGUCUGUGGCUCUUGAUGUGCUAUCAUACCACGCCACAUGUUCCAAGGCUGAAGUCGACAAGUUUAAGGCAGCCAACAUCCCCCUGGUGUCAGAACUGGCCAUCGAUGACAUCCAUUUCGAUGACUUUUCCCUUGAUGUUGAUGCCAUGAUCACAGCUGCUCUCCGGAUGUUCAUGGAGCUGGGGAUGGUACAGAAAUUUAAAAUCGACUAUGAGACCCUGUGCAGGUGGCUUCUGACAGUAAGGAAAAACUACCGGAUGGUUCUCUACCACAACUGGAGACAUGCCUUCAACGUGUGCCAACUGAUGUUUGCCAUGCUAACUACUGCUGGGUUUCAAGAGAUUCUGACCGAGGUGGAAAUUUUAGCGGUGAUUGUGGGAUGCCUGUGUCAUGACCUCGACCACAGGGGAACCAACAAUGCCUUCCAAGCUAAGAGUGACUCUGCACUGGCCCAGCUCUAUGGGACCUCAGCGACCUUAGAGCAUCACCAUUUUAACCAUGCCGUGAUGAUCCUUCAGAGUGAGGGUCACAACAUCUUUGCUAAUUUGUCCUCCAAGGAAUACAGUGACCUCAUGCAGCUCCUGAAGCAGUCGAUAUUAGCCACAGACCUCACACUGUACUUUGAGAGAAGAACUGAGUUCUUCGAGCUUGUCAGCAAAGGAGACUACGAUUGGAGCAUCACAAGCCACCGAGAUGUGUUUCGAUCAAUGUUAAUGACAGCCUGUGACCUUGGAGCCGUGACCAAACCGUGGGAGAUCUCCAGACAGGUGGCUGAACUUGUAACCAGCGAGUUCUUUGAACAAGGAGAUCGGGAGAGGUCAGAACUCAAGCUCACCCCCUCUGCUAUUUUUGACCGGAACCGGAAAGAUGAACUGCCCCGGCUGCAACUGGAGUGGAUUGACAACAUCUGUAUGCCUCUGUAUCAGGCCUUGGUGAAGGUCAAUUCAAAACUGAGGCCGAUGCUGGAUUCGGUGGCUGCCAACCGAAGGAAAUGGGAAGAGUUGCACCAAAAAAGACUGCAGGUCUCUGCUGCCUCCCCAGUCCCUGCCAGUCCCGUGGUGGCCUCGGAGGACAGACUGUAA